GGAUUAGAAAAAAUAGAUUUUCCUAAAGUAAACAGUAUUUUUCUAUUUAUUGAUUGAUUGAUUUAUUUUAUCCUUGAAAAUGAACCGUUAAAUAACACCACUAAAAUAAUAAUUUUAAAUAAGAAAGAUCCAUUAUCAUUUUGUAAUUCGAUAAUAUUAUUUUAUCCAAAAAAAAAUAUUAUUAAUUUCAAGGACCACUACUACCAAUGCUAUAGCAUUGUUCUAUCUCACAAAACAAAACGAUUCAAACGACAAAUCAACCACCACUUUCUCCGCCGUAUCAUGUCGGAAGCACCAUCUCAACCACCACCACCCGCCACCGAAACCCCUCCUCCAUAUUGGUGCUACCACUGCGACAAACGCGUCUCCGUCGAAACGGUCGCAAAUCUCCCCGACCUAAUCUGCGGCGAUUGCAAAAACGGUUUCGUCGAAUCCAUCACUACACCUUCUCGUUCUCGUUCACCUUCCUCUUCCUCCGAUGAUCCCUAUUUUGGUUCUCAAUUUCUUCAGGUUCUUCGCCUAAUCGCUCAAUCGUCGCGUGAAGACGACGCGUCUCCUCCACCUCCUCCAAGUCGUUCACCGGAGAACGAUUUCCUCAGGAUCGAACUCGGUGGUUGGGACCACAACGACGAAGAUAACGAUGAUGAUGAAUUUCAUAACGACGGUGAAGGUGAAGAUACCGAAGGUACCGUUGAGGAACAGGAAGAUCGAUCCGGAAACGAGGAUCCACACGGGGACGAUGAAGAUAUGAGACGAAGGAGACGCGAUCUAUUGCGUCAUCGAAUUAGGGAUUUGGCGACCCGAACCCGAAGCAUGCAGAAUCGGAUCUUGGAUUGGGCGGAGAUUCUAAUGGGACUGGAAGAUAAUUCAAUUGAGCUUCGUCUUCAGAUGCCGGAAUCGGACCGGUAUGUCGGCAAUCCGGAGGAUUAUGUUGAUGCGGCGGAGUAUGAGGCGUUGCUGCAGACUCUGGCGGAGAGUGAUGGAAAUGGAAGGAGAGGAGCUCCGCCGGCUUCAAAGUCAGCUGUGGAAGCAUUGCCGACGGUGAAGAUUGCGUCGGAGAGUGAGGUGGUUGCUUGUGCUGUAUGUAAGGAUAUGCUCGGUGUUGGUGAAUUGGUGAAGAGAUUGCCUUGUGGGCAUGAGUAUCAUGGAGAUUGCAUUAUUCCAUGGUUGAGUUGUAGAAAUUCUUGUCCUGUUUGCAGGUUUGAGCUUCCAACUGAUGAUAAGGAGUAUGAAGAAGAGAGAGCUUCGGGUUCGGGUCGUGGUGGAGCUUCCACCAUUUGAGUAUGUUCUCUUUUGCUGUAAUCUGUGUAAUCAUUGUAAUAUAUUUCAUGCUUUCAAUCAAUCUUUUUCUUUUCUUUUCUGUACUUCUUUUUUAAUUUUUGUUAUUAGUGUAAUUUCAUCAAAGCUUGCUCAAUCGAUGUUGUUUAUUUGAGGCUUUGACUAGUUGGCUUCUUGGCUCACAGAUGCUGAGAUACUUGUAUAUAGCAUUUGGAUCAAUGUGAUGUGAUCACAUUAUAUGGAAUUUUACUUUGUUGCGUUUGUGCUCA